ACACAAGCACUACCUACACAAGCACUAAGUACACAAGCACUACCUACACAAGCACGACCUACACAAACACUACCUACACAAGCACUACCUACACAAGCACUACUUACACAAGCACUACCUACACAAGCAUUACCUACACAAGCACUACUUACACAAGCAUUACCUACACAAGCAUUACCUACACAAGCACUACCUACACAAGCACGACCUACACAAGCACUACCUACACAAGCACUACCUACACAAGCACUACUUACACAAAGGUUCAAAGGUGCAUUUGACAGAGAGAGAGAGAGACAGACAGAAGACAGACAGACAGAGAGGGAGAGAGAAAGAGAGAGGGAGAGACAGACAGAGGGACAG